AUUGCUGAAGUGGCGCAAGGGGACUGAAAACUAGUAUUAUGAGAGCGUUGUUACUGAAUUUUGUCAGAAAUAAAACUGUAUUUAUCAGUGAUAAUAUCUUUUUUUUCGACGGAGAUGGUAUCAUUUCAUGUCUAUUUCUUAUUCACAACAUAACAAGAUAUGCUGUAUUGUUAACUAGUUAACACAGGCUCUUUAUUUCAGUUAUUUACUUCUUAAAGAUUUUCUCUAUAUUAUUAACUGCAAUACUUCAUGUAAUCAUAAAACAAGGAUAGUAUACUGCAGGAAAGAUCACAACCGAAAUGGAUACAAAAUAUUGACUUUCAGUGCGUUUUCAAGGCAGUUAUAGCCUGAAAUUUACCAAGGAUACGAUAUUUGACUAUGGUUUGUCAAAUGGGUCGUACAUAGGUGGCCAUAUCGGUAUUUAUCUAGCCUAAGUUUCCAUGAGAAUAUGAAGUAAUUUCUUGGUUUUAUCGCAAAAUGGCAGGUCUGAUUCCAAAUGGCAGAUCUGCCUGGUUCUCGUUGUCUACACCGGAAACAAAGAAAAAUAUUUGGUUUGAAAAUGGAGGUCGUUUAGAGCCAGAUCCCUUUGAAGCUGAUUUUCUUUUUGCAGAAGACAGUGAAGCUCUUGAUGUGCAAAGGAUUUUUGACAGUGAAGAGUUUCUGUCAGGUCAUUUGACAGUGUUUCAUUCGGACAUCAUUAUUGCUGCUGCAAAGGAAGAGGUUGCUUCAAUCGAUGUUAUGAAGGCAAUUCUUCUUCCUGAAAGACAGUUGAAUGAACUUGGGAUCGAAAUUUCACAGAGUUCCAUAGAUGACCACAGAGAUGAUAAAACUCAUAAAAACAAUAAUUCAUCGCAUCUCUCUGAGUCUGGGAACUCCUUGAAAAACAGUCUUAGAUCUUCCUCAAAAGCAUCCUCAAAGAAUCACCCAACUUGUGAAACAGCACAACCCAAAGAUCAAACAACAAACACUCGCCAGAAGGACGAAUCCCUACAGAGACUUGAAACAGCACAACCCAAAGAUCAAACAAACACUCGCCAGAAGGACGAAUCCCCACAGAGACUUGAAACAGCACAACCCAGAAAUCAAACAACAAACACUCGCCAGAAGGACGAAUCCCCACAGAGACUUGAAACAGCACAACCCAAAAAUCAAACAACAAACACUCGCCAGAAGGACGAAUCCCCACAGAGACUUGCAAGCACUUCUGCAAGUGGUUACUCUGUAUCUUCAACAUCUAGAACAACAUCUGUGUGUAGAGAUCAGAGAGCAUCGACGAAGCCUACCACCACUCAAAGUCAAACCCCGGAGACCACGUUUAUUGGAGAUGAGAUAUCCCAGCAGACCAACGCCAGUACUGGAGGUGAUUUCUCGGAAUCUUCAGCAGCCACCAGCGUGGUAUCUAUGAAUGAAGAUCAAAAAGUGGGUCGUGCUGUAUCAGAGAAACUAAAAUCUGAAGUUCCGAAGAUCAUUUUUGUAGGAGAAGAGAGAUCUCUACGGGACAUUACGGAUAGUGCAGGGGGACCCUAUUUUACUACUAAAUUGUCCUCGACACCCAACGAAUCAUCCGUGAAUGUAGAUGGUUUCUGCACAUGCAGCGAUGAUGACUUCGACCUAUUUAAUGAAAGUUUAACUCCCGAUAUCAUCGACGUUGCAGAUGUUAAUGUUCCACGUUUAUUGUUGAAGGAUUUUAUCCCAGGACUCGAUGGCUGUCGCAUAAAGGGGAUACAGGGAGACGCCGUGGUUUAAAACAAACAAAAGUCAACUUAAGUUCUAGUGUAUUUCGAGUUUUUUUCCUCCCGUGCUUUUCAACCAUACCUAGAACCUAAAUAUUGUAUUAUGGUGUGGUUACAAAGAGGUAAAAUUGACAAUUAUUUCAUCAGGAUCCGGCGGAUCGGCAAGUCCCAUGCAUUUAUUUUUUUAACUCAAAAUUUGAAGUGUUUUUUUUUCUGCACUGUCAAUGCAAAGUACCUUUCUCUGCUGGUACUCUCAACUUGUGUUGUCUUUGGUAAAACUCUGGACUUGACAUUGAUAUGAUUAUCUCUUGGAUUUUGAUUCCUGGCAAGAAUAGCUACUAUUGAUAUUUCUUUAUUGUGACAUAUUAUACAGGUUUUCC